GGCCAUGUCAUUCAGAAUUCCGAAAGUUUCUUCCGCUCCCCACUGUCACACUUUUCAGCUGCGCUCCACCAAAAAUCAAGAUCGAGUCUUUCAUCAAUCCACUCGAACGCUGCUUAAAUUCGCUCGAUAGGGAAACCCUUUGAGCCCUAGAAGGUCAAACCAAAUCUUUCUCCCUCACAAAUGCUACUUUCGUCUCCCUUUCUCACCCUCUUGGAUUCUUGAUCGCAACCUCUCGUAAAAAUCCCAUCUUGGAUCUGAUUUGCUUCUCGCUCACCUUCUAAAGUUCCCAUCUUUCUUGUCUGGUCUUGAAGCCUGGGGAGAAUUGUGGGGUUUUCUGGAUUAAUUCGUCGAAGCGAGUUUCGGGUCGAUUGAUUUAUAUUGGGAAGUGGGAAGUAGGUGCAGAAUUUGCUCUUGUUUUGCUUGUGGUGUUGCUGCAAAACACGAGGAGAAGUGUCAAUUCGCGCUUUGAGAAACCGGCGGCUUGCAUUCAAUUUGCUCAUUGUGUUUGAAAUUAGGUUUCUUUUAGUGAAUUGGGUGUUGUUCUUUAGCUGGUUAGUGAAGGCUUUGGCGUUGCGUGGCGAGGGGGAUUGAAGAAGAGGUGUUCGUAGCUGUCAAUGCCAUUUCUGGAUUGGUAUUUGGUGGAUUCUGAGGUGAUUCUGUUAGACUUAACGCGAAAGUCGAGGCUAAUUAUCGAUGUCUUGGGCAAGUGCUGAAGACACUUACCUGUCGACUUCUCUCGCCAGCUAUCUUGACAAGAAGCUUCUUGUACUGCUGCGAGAUGGUCGAAAGCUGUUGGGUAUACUUCGCUCGUUCGAUCAAUUUGCAAAUGCUGUUCUAGAGGGCGCAUGUGAAAGAGCUAUUGUUGGUGACCUAUAUUGUGACAUCCCUUUAGGUCUUUAUGUAAUACGAGGGGAGAAUGUAGUUUUAAUUGGUGAACUGGAUGUUGAAAAAGAGGAACUUCCCCCACAUAUGAGACGGGUUUCAACAGCCGAAAUUAGAAGGGCGCAGAAGGCAGAAAGGGAGGCUUCAGACCUUAAAGGCACCAUGAGGAAAAGAAUGGAGUUUUUGGAUCUGGAUUAAAGCAUUGAAGCAAAUAGCGUAAAAGGAUACCUAUCGAAUAGGCUUUGGCACGUCGAGGUAGAGCCCUGGGCUCUUUUGAUCAUAAUGUGUUGAACCCAUGUCUGCAAAUAUUAGCGCAGUGGUGUUUUGGUGUUGCAAAGGGUGUCAUAUUUAAUUUUCAGUCGAGCAUUGACCUUCAAUAUUCAGAUUCUUCUCAGGGUGGUUCAUUUUCUUAUUGUGUUAUUAGCAUGUAAGCUGAAAUUGGAUCUUCACGGGAAGCUUAAGAUUCUCUGGAAUUAGCAGGGUGUCUGCACUUUGGAACACUGAACGUCAGCAUCUUACUGUGGAUAAUCUGUCGUCGAAUCCAUGUUGGCAUUAUAUGUUUCCUCAGUCCGGACGGUCGUAAUGAAAUUAGUCGUGAUUUAGGCAA